AUGAUUCAGGUUAUUAACAUUUUAAAAUUAGGUUGGUUUUUCUAUAAAGUAUAUGGUGGAGCAUUUAGCCAAUGCGGGGAUACAAAGUUAUUUGGAGGAUUUGCAAUUUUCGUAUUGGGUACAUUAAUUUCUUCAAAAUUUACACUUCCACCUCAUUAUUCAUUAAGAAUAUCAUUUGAUUUAUGGAAGUAUUAUUUAUUGAUAUUUAGGGUUGAUAGUUUGGGAAGGCGAGAUUUUGAAAAUAGUAUUUGAUAGUGAAAUUAAUUAAAGAUUAUUUUUUUUAACUGAUGGAAAAUAAAUUUGUGGCGAAAUGAUUUCUAUUUCUUUAGAAGAUCAUUUUCCAAUUAGUAUUACUAUACCAAAACACAAUUCCUAAAAUUUAGUUGUCAUAAUGACUUCAACUUUGGAUUAAAUUGUUACAGAUGUAUAAAAAUUAAAUACUUUGGGGAAUUAGAUUAAACAUCAUAAUGCUACUUUUGGAUAAAUGUUGAAUCAUAUUGGAAUAGCUAAAUUAAUUCUGAAGGAUGGAUGA